AUGGGGCCCCUUCAGCGCCAGUUACAUCAAGGGGAAUAUGGGCUGUUCAAGUUUUCCCCUAUGUUUGAAAGUAACUUUGUCCAGAUCAGCAAGCAAGGGGGUCCAAUCGAGAUCCACAACCAGGAGCAAAUCGUGACAGUUGGCAUCACCGCUACAAGCCCUCUCCAGCUGAUCCCCAAUGUGCUGCUCCUGGCACGGCCCGUAGUCUCGCAUGAAGAGCACACUUCAAAGCUCAAAUCCCGGUUCCGCCAUCACCCUCCAGUGAGAUUUGAGCUAACCAGGCUAUUCCCUCUGCGUUUUGUCAAGAUUUCAAUCCACAACGCAGAGAGGCAGCAGCUGAGGUUUAAGCUUGCGAGCGGCCGCACCUUCUACCUCCAGCUGUGCUCUGAGUCAGACAGGCAAGAAGAACUCUUUGAUGCGUGGGUCAGGAUUGUGCAAUUGCUGCGGCCAACCUCAGAUGUUAGCCUUGAUGAGGAGAAGGAGAAGACCAAAAAACUGAAGGGUCGUGGGAUGAGUCCAACUCCGCCACCAAAAAGCAAAAGUCCAUUGCCUCGACACACACUUGUGAAAAAAAGCAACUGGAACAUUCAUGAUGCCACCAAAAUGGCUGAAGCUAAGAAAGAUGAAACCAAGAAGAACAGCAAGCCAGCCAAAUCUUCACGGAGCUCAUCCAGCCUCCAGAUCACAAUGCUGCCCCCCAAUGCUAAAGAUGUCAAUGUAGCUGUCCCUCAACCACCCCUAGAGGUCCAGAUUCCAGAAGAAAAAUUAGAGGAGGAGGAGGAGAGGAUAGACACGAGCCCCAGUCCCAGGCGGUCUCCUGGCGAGAAGGGCAGCUCCCAUACUAGAAGGUACUACCAGGAGAACUAG